GCCAGUCGUUGCCCGUUGACCAGUCUUCAACGAGAUGUUGCUCCUCUACCACGUCGUGAUUGUGAUCGCUUUGCUCAGCGGCUGCAGCUGGGCAGCGCCUGAAUGCAAGCGCAAUUCUGAAUACUGCCAAGAUCGGGCUAUGCAUCCGGAUAUGGAGGAGCCCAAACAAAAAGAGCAGCAGCCCCGUCUGGCGGGCGAGGAGAAUUCUGCCUACUGGCGUGACCAAGGCGUACAGUUCAUCAAGCAAAAGCUGAGCGAACAAGCGAAUGUGGGCAAAGCUAAGAACGUGAUUAUGUUCCUGGGCGAUGGCAUGGGCGUGACAACGACAUCGGCAGCACGCAAUUUGCUAGGCGGCGAGGAGAAGUCGCUCUCCUUUGAUCACUUUCCAUAUACGGGAUUGUCAAAGACUUAUGCCGUGGACUUGACUGUACCCGAUUCGGCGUGCACGGCUACGGCUUACCUGUGCGGUGUCAAGGGACAGGAGGGCACCAUUGGCGUCACUGGCGCUGUGCCCCGAACUGAUUGCACGGUCAAGUUGGACGAGAGCACAAACGUUGACUCCAUUGCCAAGUGGGCCAUGGAUGCGGGCAAGUGGGCAGGCCUGGUGACCACCACACGUGUAACACAUGCCUCACCUGCGGGCGUUUAUGCACACAUUGCGGAGCGCGACUGGGAAAGCGAUACGGAUGUAGCCGAUGAUUGUGGCCAGAAUUCCGGUGUGGAGGAUAUUGCGUAUCAGCUGAUCAAAGGCGAAGUGGGCAGCAAGCUGAAGCUCAUACUGGGCGGCGGUCGCAAGAAUUUCGUGGAUAAAACUCUGGCCGAUUGGGGCAAGCGGUCAGAUGGCUUGGACUUGAUUGAGGAGUUCCAGAUGGAGAGUGCUGGCAAUGCCUAUGUGACCUCAGCGGAAGAGCUGAUGGCAUUGGAUGUAACGAAACCGGAGCGCGUGAUGGGCCUCUUCCAGAACGAUCAUUUGUUGUAUCACCUGCAGGAUCUUGAACAGGCUAGCGGACAGCCCACUCUGGAGCAGAUGACACGCAAGGCCAUUGAGUACAUGAGCCAGAACGAGCAGGGCUACUUCCUGUUCAUUGAGGGCGGUCGCAUUGAUCAUGCGCAUCAUGACAACUAUGCGCGCAUGGCGCUCGACGAGACCAUCGAGUUCUCCAAGGCAAUUGCCGCUGCACGCGAGCUGACAAGCGAGGAGGACACCCUGUUGGUGAUCACAGCGGAUCACUCACAUGCCUUUACCUAUUCGGGCUAUGGGUAUCGCGGCGCAGAUGUCUUUGGCACGGCACCAGCCAAUGGCAACGAUAAGAAGCCACACAUGAUUCUCAGCUAUGCGAAUGGUCCCAGUGCUGAGCACUUCUAUAAUGCCGAUACCAUGGAGCGCAUUGAUCCCACCACGCUGAUUAAAGGCCAUCAUGAGGAUGAGUUUCCAGCGGGCGUGCCCUUGGACUCGGAAACUCAUGGCGGCGAUGAUGUGCUGGUCUAUGCAUUGGGUCCCUGGUCCCAUUUGUUUACCGGCGUCUACGAACAGAGCGCCAUACCCCACAUGAUGGCCUACAGCGCCUGUCUGGGCGAUGGCCUCACUAUGUGCUCCAGCUCCCAAAAGACUUGAGCGCCUGCCGCGUGACUGCAGCUCAUCACAAUUAAGUUUGUGGCUCAUUAAAAGCAGCGAUUGCACUGGAGCUGCCGCUGCUGCUGCUUUAGCUCCUGCUUCUCCCUUGUCUACAGCGCCUCUAGACUUGUCCUUGAUGCAUACUGCAAAUUGAAUUAAAUGCGAAUUUCCUACA